AUGGCGAGCCUUAUACACAAACUCACUAAAAGCACUCCCUCCAUAAGAACCAUCUUCAUCACAACCCUCAACACCCCACUAUUUCCAAAACCCAUACCCUCAUUUAUCCCCCACCAAACCCCUCUCGACACAACGAAACAACCAGAAGAAUAUGCGAACGAUCCAGUUCCUCUUUUGGGUCCCAAUGGCAGAGCAAAGGUGGAUGCCGUUCAAACAAUACGAUUCUUCCCCAGUUUCCCAUUCGGAUAUUGCUUAAAUCCCGUUUCCUCCACUGGGUUUGAGCGUUUUGGGGUGCUCGAGGCCCAGGAGGUCGAACCCGAUGAUGAUGAUGCGAGGAGGGUUUGGGCUGACAGUGUGAAGAAGAAGAGGAAGAAGAAGAUGAACAAGCAUAAGUACAAGAAGCUCAGGAAGCGCCUUCGUCGCAAGGCUAGGGCAUGA